CAGAAAACUUCCGUCUUUGGCGAGCGAUUCCACACAGAAAGGAAAAUAUUCAAAAGAGUUACCGAGCUAAUCAGCAGUCAAAUAAACACCUAUACGAGCUGCACACAGCGAUCGUCUGGGCCCCCCUCAUCGCGUGCCCCCCAGGAGUGAAUGACGCUCCCCCAUCCCUUCCCACACCCUGACGAGGAUGACAAUGGAAGAGAUGAAGAAUGAAGCGGACGCGACCUCGAUGGUAUCCAUGACGCUCUACGCCGUGAUGUACCCUGUCUUCAAUGAGCUGGAGAGAGUAAAUCUGUCUGCGGCACAGACUCUGAGAGCAGCUUUCAUAAAGGCAGAGAAAGAGAACCCAGGACUGACUCAGGAUAUUAUCAUGAAGAUUCUGGAGAAGAAGAACGUGGAGAUCAACUUCACCGAGUCUUUAUUACGCAUGGCAGCCGACGAUGUUGAGGAGUACAUGAUUGACAGGCCUGAGCGGGAGUUCCAGGACUUGAAUGAAAGAGCUCGCGCUCUGAAACAGAUCCUCAGCAAAAUCCCUGACGAAAUCAACGACCGAGUCCGUUUCCUGCAGACAAUCAAAGAUAUAGCCAGUGCCAUAAAAGAACUACUGGACACGGUGAACAACGUCUUUAAGAAAUACCAGUACCAGAACAGAAGGGCACUUGAGCAUCAGAAGAAAGAGUUUGUGAAACACUCGAAAAGCUUCAGCGACACUCUGAAAACAUACUUCAAAGACGGAAAGGCAUUAAACGUGUUUGCCAGUGCCAACCGGCUUAUCCACCAAACCAACUUGAUACUGCAGACCUUCAAACUUGUCGCGUAGGAGUCAUAGAAGUGUAUUUUUUUUUUUUUUUUUUUUUUUUAAUAA